GAUGAACAGCUUACGUGGUCGAGUAGUUGUGCGGUGCGUGUGGUGGAUGUGCGCCUUCCUGCACCCAGCAACUGGCACUUUCGGCUGGAUCUGUGGCAGCAUUGGACUGCGGUAGCGCGAGCUCAUCGCGUCGCAUUGUGGAGCAAUCGCCAUUUUGAACUUAUUGAUCGGUAUAUGGCGCCGUUGUCGGAAAUGGGGCAGAAAUGUCUGUCGGUGGUGGCUACGGAGAUGCCCUGGGCGGGCCAGCAGUGCUACAUGGAGGAGCACAACCCCUCAGCGCUGUUUGAACACGCUAUCUUAGAAGUGUACGAGGAUUCGGCCCAUGGAGUUCCGCUGACGAUCGACUUUACACACUUUGAUCGGCUGCUGGAGUUGGCCGGUAGUCAUCAUCUGGAUCACGAAAUUGAAGUGUUCGGGCUUCUGUCGAUCUGGCGCGACCCCGUUGCAGGCUUUAACGCUCCUGCUGAGCUUACUGCGCACCAUCUUCGCCCUCCUCCGACUGCGUCAGCUCCGGAUCCGGCACCACCGACAGAGGUGCGCCGCCGAACUUCUUCGUCGGGUUCUGGACUGGCGUCUCCAACUGCUGGAUCCUCGUCGGCAAAUGGAGGUGGCACCAGCAACGGUCUGGGCCUUCUUAGCCAAGACCAACCAAACGCUUCGUCAUCCCCUCCACCCUCGCCUCCCACAGCUAAUUCGCAGGCUCCUGCCUUUGUGAUCGAUGGCUGGCGGAUCCGGUGCCAGGAUCGCACAACCCAACGCGUGCGCUAUUUGAGACGAGUUUCCGAAGUUGAGUCCUUCAUCGAGCAGUUUUACGCGCAUUGCGUUGCGUUGGAGAUCGCUGAUCGAGUGCGGAUAUGCGCGGAUGAGCCGCGCGAUGUAGCGGUUUUCCACGAGCAGCUGCGCUUCAUGCAGCGUCUCGCGCCGAAUUUCCGCAUCAAGCUGGCAGUGAACCACUCGGAGUUUUUCUCUCCUGCUUACGCGCCGCCUCAAGUGGCUGACUACGUGCCGCUGCUGCCGCUGGCGUGUGCCGACCUCGAGGUAACGCGACGUCUGGCCAACGAUGCUCGUGCUCGCGGAGGCCAUGUCUGCUGGUACGUUUGCUGUGGGCCAGCAUUCCCCAACCAAUUCGUGUCGUCGCCACUCGUGGAAGGCGAGCUCGUCGGAUACCUCACCUUCUUCUUCGAGCUUGACGGAUUCCUGCGGUGGAACUACUGCCUCUGGCCGUCCAGACCCUGGGACGAUCUUCGAUGGCGCGCUCCGAUGUGGAAGGUCGGCGACAUGUACUUCGUGCUUCCAGGUCGCGAUGGCUGGCCCGUUGAGACGCUUCGCCUCGAGUCUUUGCGGUUUGCGGGCCAAGCCUUCGAGCUGCUGGCCCUCGCCCAAGAGAAGUUGGCUCCGGCUCAGAUGCAGCAGUUGCAGCGCACGGUGGCGGAGCAGAUCCUGCGGUCAAGCGACUUCGAAGAGUUUGGCCGUUGCGGAGACCGAGCCCGUGAAGACCUGUACUCGCUGGACCCACUGGACUACCAACGCGCGAAGACAAUCAUCCUCGAGACGCUGGCAGCGGCGGCAGUCAAGGGCAACACGACGUAAGAUUAAAGAAGACGUUUUUGGCGAGAAGAGAAAAUGUAUGAAAUGAAGAAUCAAUGAGAACAGUAGAUUGAAGAGUUUACGGAAUGUAAACUACGCUGAUAUGGUUUAAGAAAAUAGUUGAAGGCUCAUAUGGUGAUGCAUGUUGUUAUGUUUCCACACGUAGCUUCAGAACAGGUCUGAGAAUAUUAUAAUCAUUGCCUCAACAAGAUAGAAGAGCAAUAUGCAAGGUGAAGUUGUUGUUUAAGUUGGGAUGGCUCAUAUGGUGAUGCAUGUUAAUCGUAUCCACACGUUGUUUCAGAACAGGUCUGUGUUGGAUAUUUUAAUCAUCGCCAUCCCGGUCGAAGGACCCACACAGUGAGUGAAGUGCAGGAGAAAGUCGGUAGAUGGAUGCUCAUCAUAUAUGCCGAUGUAGGCGGCUUUCAUGAAGGGGAAUCCUAAAACAAGUUUAUCGUCACUCUUUCUCCAUCGCACCAAGCAUACAGAUAUACAACAUGAAUAAUGAUAUGAAGUGUCGCCUCAGAAACACAGGUGUAGGAAGUCCACACGUUUGUCCGAAGACCAAAAGGGUUAGUUUAGGUGGUAAUGAUAAGUAGGUAUCCUCCUCGGCGACAAACAAUCAGGCAAUACCCAUAUACACACAAGUGGUUGUCUCAGCUUGGUUCUAGGUGUUCGGUUUAUCGACACAAAGUAGACUUUGAGCAAGCUCGCCGCCAUUCCUUUCAGAGUGGUGCAUGAAGAUUUUAAUCAUCAACAACCAUUGCAGAGGCCUCCCAACAUACAAGUAUACAACUCGUUAAGAGAUAUAAGCAGCUAUGUUGACUUCGCCGCACGAGGCGCCACGAAACACCAUUGCCUUCCACCGUUACCACCCGAAGGCAGCUCCAGCAGUCAACGCAGACGCCCGAGACGCACACAGCAGCGGAAUCCGUAGUAAGCUCGCUGUUACUCUUGCUUCUGUGAAAAAGUACCGGAUCCAAUUACAAAUGCUCACCCACCAGGCAGUGACAGAUCUUGCGCACGCAGCGACACCAUCCAGCUCGAACUUUUCAGCGCAAGCUAGAAGGAUUGCCGCGCACACCGUCCCCGUCGACCCAGUAGGCUGCAGAACAUUGCCGGCGUGGAGUAUGAAGAAGCAAAUACAAGUAUACAAAGAAUAUACAGAUAUGCAGACUGGUAGGAGAGGUCAGAACUUUGAGCAAUUUCAUUGCCAUGAGGCAGAUCAUGAACACGGACCAAAGUAUGUGGUCAUCACUCCUCUCGAUACAAGGUGUACACAUAUACAAAUGAGGUGGAGAGCUC